AUGGCGUUAUAUUUGGCGUCGAAGGGAAAACAUGUCCGAGUCUACAACGAGGCAAAGCUGCAGGAAGCCAUCAUGCAGGAAGACUGGUGCCAAGGAGAUGACAUAGACGAUGACUACAACUCACUGAUAGGGAAACUGAAGGAGUGUUUAAGGAAGGCUAAGGGUGUAUGCCCAAGAGAAAAGAAGGGAAGAAUCUCAGAAGAAACUACGAAGUUACUCGAGAAGAGGAAAAAUAUGAAGAUGACUAUUGAAGAUCACCUUGAAUAUUCCAUUCUCAGCAGAGUGAUUCGUCAGCAACUAAAGAAAGACUUUGAGGGCAUACCGGAUGGAAAAUCUCUUGAAGGCCGCAGAGGAAAAGAAGAGCCUCAAGAAAUGCAAGAGGGAAUGGUGGUACUAUAUAGAUCGGAGGUGACAGCCCUGAAAAAUACAGAUGGAAUACGGUCAACGAGAGAGCGAGAUGGAAAAAGUUGUGAGACUUCUACACCAAGCUCUGUAAGUCUACCAGAAAUGUCAGCCGUUACCACCACUCCAACAGGAAGAAAAAACGUGCCACCUAUCCUUGUCAGUGAGUUUGAAAGAGCCAUCGGCUCGAUGAAAAAUGAAAGGCUCCAGGAAAGACGGUUUAUAACAUCGGAGGUGCUAAAGUCAGGCAGAGAGCAGCUCUGGAAAAUCCUCGCUGAGCGAUUUACACACUAUCUAGACGAAGGAAGAAUUCCCUUGCAGUGGAAAGAGUCAAAUACCAUCCUGCUGUAUAAGAAGGGCGACAGAGAAGAUCUAAAGAACUACCGACCCAUAUGCCUGCUGUCUCACGUGUACAAGCUGUUCACGAAGAUAAUUCUGAACAGGUUGUCACGUCGUCUCGACGAACAACAACCGAGGGAGCAAGCAGGCUUCCAGAAGAACUACAGCACAAUGGACCAUAUAUUUGCUCUAACGCAACUGCUUGAGCGAGCAAAUGAGUACAAGCUGCCUCUUUGCGUUGUGUUUAUAGAUUAUGAGAAAGCCUUUGAUAGCGUCGAAACCAAUGCAGUGCUGAACUCGCUGCAGAGGCAAGGAAUCGAAGCGCAAUAUGUGCAGCUGCUCAGAGAGAUCAACUGUGUAGUUGUUCAUAUUUUGGUCAAGAGAAUUGCCAAACAGGAUGUGAAAGUAGUAUUUUCGGCUGUGAUGUCUUAUGCAACUGCAAUUGGCCAUCAGAGUGGCACACCACCACAAUAG